UCAUCAGUGAUAAUGGCUUCCACUCCCAACUUUCCUCUAAUCUCAACGUUAAUGGUGCUCACUAUUUUAGCACCAAUGGUAGCGGGAAGCAGAUCGUCCUCGGAUGAAGUAACUAUUAAGAAUUAUAAGGAGGAGCUGGUUAUUCCUUUUGAACUGAAAUUGAAGGACGACAGCAAAGACAGAUUGAUGAAGAAUGUUGAUGGGUUGAAAGAAGCCAUGAUUGAACAUAUUUAUGAGAGUAGUCUUAAUUGUUUUGAAAACGGGUAUUUAUGUGCAUCAAACGGGCAAUGUUGUUCUCGUAUGUGCAUAUGGUACGAGCAAGGUGGUCAUCUGUGCCAGUCAAGUUGUUUACAAAGUGGUACCAAUGGUUGUACUUUUAACAACGACUGUUGCUCUAACUACUGCGAGUGGAAAUGGGGAAAGGGCAAUAAUUUAUGCCAUUAGUGCUCAUUAGACCUUUUUUUUUUUUUUUUUUUUUUUUUUUGAAUAAAACCAAUACUUAAUAAUUAGGUAUUCCAAAUAAGUACUGAGGAAGCUAACUAUAUGAAUUAUGUGUUUAUGCUUCUUGUACCUUUGUACAAUCCUCUUGCUUUGUAGCUAACAUGUGAGCCACUAUUUUGUGUUCUACAAAUUAUAUAUUGUGUUCGCAAUUAAAA